GCCGCCAUUUUGUGCUGCGGUGAAGUAUUUAGAGCAGAGAGCGGCGCUUCACCUCUUCCAGUGAGAGGCGCACCGAGAGCCAUCAGCAGAAUCAGUCCGUUCCCUUCCUCCUCCUCCUUCUUCCUCCCAUAGAAUCCGCCGACACAGCUCCCUCCCCCGGCCUAUCUGUCUUCACUUCCCCCCAACUCCGGAGGUUUAUUCGUCCACCUUCAGUCAGCGGACAGAACCCGGACCAGGAGGCACCAUGUCUACCGGCACCACAGGCAACGCUCCGGAGUACUCCGCCUUCUUCGCCGUCAUGGGCGCCUCGUCAGCCAUGGUGUUCAGCGCAUUAGGGGCAGCCUAUGGAACGGCGAAGAGUGGCACGGGCAUUGCUGCCAUGUCUGUCAUGAGGCCUGAGCUAAUCAUGAAGUCUAUCAUUCCUGUGGUCAUGGCUGGUAUCAUAGCUAUCUAUGGACUGGUAGUGGCAGUGCUUAUUGCAAACUCUCUCACACCAGACAUCACACUAUACAAGAGCUUCUUACAGCUAGGUGCCGGCCUCAGUGUAGGAUUGAGUGGCCUUGCUGCUGGGUUCGCCAUUGGCAUUGUGGGAGAUGCAGGUGUGCGGGGAACAGCACAACAGCCCCGACUAUUCGUAGGCAUGAUCCUGAUCCUCAUUUUUGCUGAAGUCUUGGGUCUGUACGGUCUGAUUGUGGCCCUUAUCCUCUCCACAAAAUAAAGAAAGUUCUUCCCAGCGUUCCAGAAAUCGUCACUUACAAAAAAAUGGUUUUAUCUCAUGUGUACAGUCAUCCUUCACCCACCCUGAUUCAGUAGAUUCUCUUCCCUCCUCUCCCCUGUAACGGCGCAAUUGUAAGUUAGUGACUGUUGUGUGUAACCCUCUAGCUAUAUUCAUUGGGUGGACUUCAGGGCAACAAGUAGUCCUGAUGCCAGUGUUGUGGGAAGGAAGCAGGCAUCACUUCCACGAAUCACAAGACUCCCUUUUCUGCGUGCAGUGUUUAUUUUUCUUCCCACAUCUUCUUCUCUGGAUGUUUCCUAACAAACGUUCCAUGUAAAAAAAAAUGAUCUAGCAUUGUAAUUUCCCUCUUGCCAUUCAAUGUUUUAUUUAUAAAUAUAAAAAAUCUUCAUUGUUCAUACUUUAAAAAAACCAGAGCCAGCUGUUUCUUUUCCUCCUGUAACUUAUCCCACCCCUCCUCCCUUUGCUGCAUAUAUAUAUAUAUUUAAUCUAUAGCUGUAUAUUUGUGUGGGGGUUUCCUUGUAAGUGCUGAGAAUUCCCUGGAUGUACUUUGGUUCAAGAUUGCUGUACUGUUCUGACAUUGGAGUGAGGUCUCAAUAUAUAUAUAUUUUUGUUCUAGUUUUUUUGUUUUAAUACAAAAAGAUUGAUUACCGUCCGUGUUCAACUGGUGACCAGAAUAUUUUAAAAGCAAAACCUUAACAUAUGCUGAAGAUGAACCCACUACUGGGAAUCGAACAUUUCCAAAUAAAACAUCUCCAAUACACA